AUGCUGAGCGAGGCGGAGAGCGGCGGCGGAGCCGUGCCCGCCACCGGGGAGAGCCCCGCGGGGGACCCCGCGGCCAAGCCCGCGGCACCCGCGGGCGGCGGCGGCGGCGGCGUCGCCCGGAGCCAGGCGGCCAAGCGCAUUUUAGCCACCCAGGUGCAGGGCACAGUGAAAUGGUUCAACGUCCGCAAUGGCUAUGGAUUUAUAAACAGGAACGAUACCAAGGAGGAUGUGUUCGUGCACCAGACGGCGAUCAAGAGAAACAACCCCCGUAAAUUCCUCCGUAGUGUUGGGGACGGGGAAACGGUGGAGUUCGAUGUGGUGGAAGGAGAGAAGGGUGCCGAGGCGGCCAACGUGACUGGCCCCGGCGGCGUGCCCGUGAAAGGCAGCCGCUAUGCCCCCAACCGCCGCCGUUUCCGCAGGUUCAUCCCCAGGCCCCGGCAGGCCCAGCAGCCCCAGGAUGCCCCCCGGACAGAAGGGGUUGCCGAGCUGGUCAGCGAGGGGGAGAGAGCGGAUGACGCCGUCCAGCAGCGCCCUCGACGGAGGCGCCCCCCACCGUUCUUCUUCCGCCGGAGAUUUGUGCGGGGGCCCCGGGCGCCACCCCAGCAGCAGCAGGUCCAGCCAGCAGAAGGCUCUGACAGCACAGAACCCAAAGAUGCCACCCAACCUGAGGGAGACCAGCAACAGCAGAUCCAGGCUGGCGAGAGAGCCCCAGCCCCUCGCUUCCGCCCCAGAUACCGCAGACCUUUCCGCCCCCGCCCACCGCAGCAGCCCACCACGGAAGGAGGAGACGGCGAGACAAAAGCGGCACAAGCCCCAGCGGACGGCAUCCGUCCUGAGCCCCAGCGCCAGCGCAACCGGCCUUAUUUCCAGCGCAGGCGCCAGCAAACAGCUGCAGCCCGCCAGACUGCACCGGAGGCUCCCACGGCUGCCAAGGAGCACCCUGCUCCCAGCUCCGCCGCUGCUGGCGGAGACACCCCUGCCACUAGCGCUCCUGCGAUGGCUCCGGACGCCGUGGUGGAAGCCAGCAAGCCUGCUCCCCCAGCCCAGGAGAGCCCCUCCCAGCCACUGCCGGAGAUCCAGCAACAGCUUGUGGACAUCUCGACACCUGAGCCGGGGGGAGAGCUUGCCCCAGCCCUGCUGGCAUGAUGAAUCCGCACACGGUCAGGGGAUGCCAAGAGCUGUGAUCUGGUGUCCACAAAUGUGCCUACAACCCAAGUUACCUCAUCCUGCACUUGAAGAGACCCCAAACUUCACCAGUACCCCCUUUGCUGCUG